GAUACACUAAUCAUCAUUCCUAAUACUACUACUACUACUACUACUACUACUACUACUACUACUACUACUACUACUACUACUACUACUACUACCACUACCACUACUACUACUACUACUACUACUACUACUACUACUACUACCAAUACUACUACUACUACCAAUACUACUACUACUACCAAUACUGCUACUACUACCAAUACUACUACCAAUACUACUCUGGU